GCGGCCACAGCAACACUAAACUUUCCCUGGAGCCGGCAACGGAUGGAAAAACAGAGAAAAGAAAGGAAAAUGCAGGUAGUUUAAAUGGCAAAGAAUCACAUGCAAUUGAUGGACCCUCUGCAGCUUUGGAAGGACACAUGGGGUGAUGUCAGUGGGGAACUGGACAGACUCCCCCUGACCAACAGUCUGUCCCAGGCAAAUGAUCCUCACACCCCCCCACCCUGUGGAUGAUGACAUCUCUCUGGUGCAUGCAAAGGGGAACAGACAUAUGUCUGAAUAUUAUCCCCCCAUCAUUUCAUUUCAUCCUUGCUGAAGCCCUGUGAUAUGCACACCAUUAAAGAAAAAAAUAUUCACCCUGGGAGUGAGUCAUAGCUGGAGGUUGCACUUGUGCCAAUGACCCUUCCCAAUUCCUCCAGUGUCACAGAAGACAAGAUGUGUGAAGGCAACAAGACCAUCAAUGCCAGCCCCCAACUGAUGCCCCUGGUGGUGGUCCUGAGCAUCAUCUCCUUGGUCACUGUGGGGCUCAACCUGCUGGUCCUGUACGCUGUGCGGAGGGAGCGGAAGUUACACACUGUGGGGAACCUGUACAUCGUUAGCCUCUCGGUGGCAGACCUCAUUGUGGGAGCUGUUGUCAUGCCCAUUAACAUCCUCUACCUCUCCAUGCCUGAGUUGCCCCUGGUCUUGCCACUCUGCCGCUUUUGGCUUUCCAUGGACUAUGUGGCCAGCACAGCGUCCAUUUUCAGUGUCUUCAUCUUGUGCAUUGAUCGCUACCGCUCUGUCCAGCAGCCCCUCAAAUACCUGAGGUAUCGCACCAAGACCCGAGCAUUGGCCACCAUCUUGGGGGCCUGGUUUCUCUCCUUCCUCUGGGUCAUUCCCAUUCUGGGCUGGCAUUACUUCAUGCCGCAGAUGUCAAAGCACCAGAAGGGCAAGUGUGAGACAGACUUCUACGAUGUCACCUGGUUCAAGAUCAUGACUGCCAUCAUCAACUUCUAUCUGCCCACCUUGCUCAUGCUUUGGUUCUACGCCAAAAUCUACAAGGCUGUACAGAGGCACUGUCAGCACCGGGAACUUAUCAAUGGGUCCCUGCCUUCCUUCUCUGAAAUUAAGUUGAAACCAGAGAACCCCAACGUGGGGGUCAAGAAACCAGGGAAAAAGUCUCCCUGGGAGGUUCUGAAAAGGAAACCAAAAGUUGAUGGUGGUGGACCUGUUUUGAAGCCACCAUCUGAAGACCUAAAGGAGAUGAAAUCCCCAGGUGUCUGCAGCCAAAAGGAGGAUGAGGAAGUGGACCAACCCCAUUCUGUCCCACUUAAUAUUGUGCAAACACAGACUGAGGCAGAGGAGAAUGGCAACAGCUACGUAGCCAUCAACCAGAGCCAGAGCCAGCUUGAGACGAGUGAGCAGGGCCUGACCAUGCAUGCGGCCAGCGAGAUGUCAGAGGAUCAGAUACUAGGUGAUAGCCAGUCCUUCUCUCCUACAGACUCAGACACCCCCCCAGAGUCAGCAUUGGGGAAAGACAAAACAAGAAGUGGGCCUAGCACAGGCCUCAAUUAUAUCAAGUUCACGUGGAAGAAGCUCCGCUCACAUUCGAGACAAUAUAUGUCUGGGCUGCAUGUGAACCGAGAACGGAAGGCUGCCAGACAAUUGGGUUUUAUCAUGGCAGCCUUUAUCCUUUGCUGGAUUCCUUACUUCAUUUUCUUCAUGGUCAUUGCCUUCUGCAAGAACUGUUGCAAUGAACAUGUGCACAUGUUCACCAUCUGGCUAGGCUACAUCAACUCCACACUGAAUCCUCUCAUUUACCCUUUGUGCAAUGAGAACUUCAAGAAGGCAUUCAAGAAAAUUCUGCACAUUCACUCCUAAGGGAGGCUACAGGGGGAUGCAACUAAGUGUCACUUAGGAUGUCCCUGAAGAAAAUGGAAGGUGAAGGCUUAUGAGUUGCCAGGUACCUUGGCUUUCUGGAGUCAGAAUAGUCUUAGGGGUUGGGUCAUCUGGAAAGUUCUUAGGCACCACUGGAAGAACUGCAGAGGGCAGUGGUCAGCAGAGAACGUACUCUGAGUACAAAGCAGAGCAUUUCUAAGAGAAUCGAAUCUGAAUGAGUGCCCGUUUCUCAGGAAAAGUGGGAGCCUCAGACUCUUAUUUUAAUUCAAGUUUUCAGAAUUAUAUUAACUGGCAAUUGAAGGGACAUGUGGGUAGAGUUUCUCUGGAUAAUUAGACAGAACUCUAGAGCCUUCCUGGAAUGGAGCUAUAUGACUGUGCAGAAACCUCACAUGUGCAGAUAGAUGCUGACCCCUUCCAAGGGUCACCGUGAGAGGCAUAACAGCUAUUCCACUGUGACGGCCACCUCUCAGAACACCUCUCUUCUGAGCCUCUUUAAUGGCUUUCUCCAGAACCGAUGUCUGAACCACCCUGGAAUUCUGCCUUAUUCUUACUCACAUAUGUCUCAGAGUUGAUAGGAAAUUAUGCAGCUUGCACACUCAUUGUUUUCAACCCCAAAUUCCUUUUAGCUAUUAAAAAAAGAUGAUAAAAGCUGCUCCCAAAAGAAAAGGAAAAGAAGUUUUUAAUGGUUUCACAUUAAAACAUUUAAAAAAUGGAAUGGGAGAAGAAAGCCAUAUAUCCUGAGUGCUGUGCCAGGUUUACCUAUUUAAGCCCCGUGACACCCCACAACAGGAGGGUGGUAUAAAGAGAGAAGCAAACUGAAGUGCAGCAAGGUGAAAUAAAGUGCCCAAGAUCACAUAGCUAGUUAUGUGAGAGAGCCAGAAUGAAAACCCUAUGGGGUUCCAGCUCCUUGCACACAUUUUCCCCCAAAAAGCAAAAUUUUGUCCUAUUAAGUACACACACACACACACACACACACACACACACAAUAUUCCUACGAGUGGUGGCAAUUCUCAAAAGAAUAUAUUGUGAGCAGGAACAGCUGACAGAAUAUGUCUGCAGCCAUCGAAGGUGAUACUUCGGAGGGGUGGUGUAUUACUUAUGUGUGUUCUGCUGUGUUUGUCCAAAAGUGGUCAUGUUCUUUUAUAGUCACAUCUCUCAAGUAAAAACUAGCAAAGGCAUGUAAACAUACAGUUUUACUCUGGUGCUUAUGUUGCAGUCUGGUGAUGAUUUAUAUUUUAAAAUUUGAUGCUAAAUUGUAAUAUAUGUAGCAAAUGGAGUGUCCAUACAAGCUGGUAUUUUGUGUCUUGUGUUCUUGUUUGCAUGAUCUGUUAAAAUGAGAGAUGUUUUUACCUACCUAAAAUAUGAUAUUUAAGACUAUACUGUUUUACUUAUUUAAUAUCACCAUUCUGAGUCUCUUGGACAGAGAUGUAUUGAAAGUAUUAUCAAAUGUUACAAGAACUGAUGUAGGGUUUCUCUUUGGUUUUUGAUCACAUUUGUAAAUGUCUCUAGAAAAGGACUUACUUUUUAUAACUAGCUUCAUCUCACUGUGCUUUGCAUCCCCAAAAGCUCUUCUUGUUCAAAACUGUGGGAGCUAAGGAGACUUUUAUUCUGGUUUUAGAAGCUGCAGCUGUCUUUUUCCAGGUCAGAAGCUGUCUCUCAGAAGGCCUGUGAAAACAUUCCUCCCUGGGAUCCUUUAGGACCAAGGAAUACCUAAAAAAGAUCACUCUACACAGACAAAUGGCCAAGUGCUCAUCAUUUAUGUUGAUGAACAGUUAAGGAAGCCAGUGAAGAGAAGUGGUUAUGAGCUCCAACUUUGGUUCGAAGACACCUGGGUUUGAGUUUGACAAGAACAAGAAACAAUCAAUAUAAAUUGUCAGAGCAUAAAGAACCAGGUCCAUGCAUUACUGUAUACAGUGUUUACAAUACUUGUACUGUGGCUGGUACACAGAGAGGACUCAUAUGUGGUUUUCAUACAAGUGAGCAUAUGCUUUGUGCCAGACUUCGUAUUUUACCAUUGUUACCUGAUUUAACCUUUAUACCAAUCUCCAUGUUUUCACAAAUAGGCAAACUAAAGCACAGAGGCAUUAAGGACUAGCUGUAAGAUCUGAUUCUGGAAUGUGCUUCCUUGCCACAGUAUCAACCUUCUAUUCCAACUCCUAUCUGAAUGAUUGAAUUAAUUUUUAAUGUAUGAAAGGACUAAAUUUAUAAGAGAUAACUCAGUCCCAGUCCAUUCAGCAAACAAUCAGUGGCUGAUGGCCUGACCAAAAUCUGGUUGAAACCAGGUUUUCUGCCCUAAAUAUUAAAGUAAGUAUCUUCUAGGACAAGGCUGUUAUAGAGACCUUGAUUGUUGAUAAGAAUGUGCAGAUUUAGAAGCUCUUUUGGGUUUCCUUUUACAGGCUUAAAACUGGUCAGCUUGACGCCAUUUCCUCAUUUGGCCAGUUUGGCCAAAUUUACCACAGGCUGGUUCUUUAACUAUUUACAAGGUUUACAACAAUGCAUAUAGGAUGAGGCUUUUAAGAACACUUCUCUACAAUUGUUGGGAAGGUAUAGUAACUGAUUCUCAUUUUUUUUCACAGCCACAUAUUGAGGAAGGUUUAAUAUGCGUUGUCCCCAGUACACUGCUGCUGCAGGGGUAGACUGAGUUGUAGAGAGGGGAGAAAUAGAGGUGAUGAGACUAAGGGUAAGAGAAGGGGACAAGAGGGAUAGAAAUUAAAAGAAACUAGAGCAGACGGGAAACAGAGGAUCAUAGAGGACAGACGAAGGGGAAGAGAUGGUGGACACCAAGGGAAAAGAGGUUGAGAUGGAUGUGCAGAAGGACAGAGAAGGAGAGAGAUUCAGGGGAAGAUAGAGAAGAUUAAGAGAGAUGGAAAUAGUUGGGGAGAGUCAAAGGGAGAAACUGAGGAAUGGGAAGGGAGACACAAAAGAAAAAGUGGAGUGGGGGACAGAAAGAGUGUAAACCAGGUAGCAUAGUAUACACUCAAGAAAAAAAUCUACAGGUGUGCGAAAGGCAGCCACACAUUGAUGUUUCUCUCCCUGUCUCCCUCCCUUCCCCUCUAUCUAAAAAUAAAUAAGUAAAAUAUUUAGAAAAAAGAAAAAUCUACAUUCAAGAACCUAUUUUUUAUUAAUGUAUUCAUAAGUUAAAUUUAUUCAAAGGAAGACAACUAUUUUUAGCUUUUGAUAUAAAAAAAAUUCCUUCAAAUGCUUCUCUGAAGACACAUGAAAACCAGUCAACUACAACAGCACAUAAAUCUUUAAAAGCUUGGGAAGCCAAUCCAUCCAAUAGAAAUUGCUAUAAACCUUAGAAGUUGGUAGCAUUAGCAAAGUGUGUGUUCAGAAAAUCCAUGAGUCUGCAAAUUGGCUACUUGGCUUGCAGAAAAUUGCUGGUCUCUUUUUUGAAGGAGGUAGAUUUAAUAGUCACAACAAAGGGUGAAAAGAUUCUGGGGCUCUCCUGGCUAUAAUACACUCUAAGCUCUAUAAAGAAAAAAAAAACACUGUUAAGAUCUAACUCAUCAAGUCACUCCACAAUGUCUCUGGAUUUCAAAACCUAGGUUGUAUAGCAUAUGUUUCUUAUCUGUGGGGACUAUGUACUCUCCUCAACUGAACUGUAAUACAAGAAUGAAAGUAGACUGACCUGAGUCACUUGAAUAAGCAUCGUUGUCUUGUUCUCCUGCUGUGUCUGAGAACAUCCUCUAAAUUUUUAUGGCUUCUGGUCCUGCACUUUUCUUGAUGCUCCACCAUCUUGGUGCCUCAAAGGUCUGUCUCCCCCAUCCUGGGCAACAGGGCAGGUCUUCUGCUCUGAGUUUCACCCUAAGUCCCUGCUAACAAGAAGGCCACAUUUGUGGCUUGAGUGACCACUUAUUUGGGAUGUCCAGACAUGAUCUGUUAAUUUAACAAAUACUUCUCAAACACUUCCUGGGCUAGUCCUUUGUCCAGGCACUAGGAAAAAAUGGAGAACAUGAGCUACUUUAGGGUUGAAGUGAUAGAAACCAGUUUUGUGAGUGGCUACUGAGGUGUUCUGUGGAAUCCAAUAAUGUUUUGGAUGACCUUGCCUGGGGAAGGGCUUGAGCCACAUCAGCCACAGGAACCUCAACAGAAGUUCCCUCGAGAAUACUGCUAUUGACCUAUGUGAUUUAUUCCUAUUCCUCGUCUCUAUGAGCAUCAGUUCAAACAUCCAAAGCUCAGGAUAAAGAAUUGUCCUGUGUUCACCUCAGCUGCAGUCAACUGUAAAUAGGGGGUGGGUUAGGGGGAGCAGGUGGCACAUGCAGUACGAACAUGGCUGGAGGACAGCAGUUCCCAGAGAAGUGGGAAAGAUCUGUUGUGAGCUGGGCAGAAACCCCCAAAGAUCUUAAUUAUAAGGCUCUCAAAGUCCAGCAAGGGAAACAAGCUUAUAAAAACCUAAUUUCAACCUGUCCUCGUAUAUGUUUAAUAGAGUGAAGCCUUGAGGUGGUGGUUGUCAGGUAUGCCUUCACAUAGCAGGUGACAUCCCUAUCGGUUUUUUAAAAAUCAAAUACAUUCCAUUAAAUAUAUACAGUAAAAAUGCACCCAUUUAAGAGGUCCAUCUCAAUCAAGAUACAUAGAAUACUACUAUCAUCCCUGAAGGUUACUCAUGCCCCUUUGCAGACAAUACCUCGCUUUAUGCCUCAGGCAAACACUGAUCUCACUUCUAUCACUAUAGAUUAGUUUUUCUGAUUCUAGAACUUAACAUAAGUGAAAUCAUGCUAUAUGUUCUCUUUUCCCAUCAACAUUUUGUCUAAGAUUUGCUCACAUUUCAACUGGAUUUUGAAGAUGAAGAAAGGUUAGACAAGCAGAGAAACUGUGAGGAUAUUGCAGAUGAAAAGAUAAAUGAGGAGAAUGUGCUUUAAACACCAGAAUUAGUUUAGUGUGACCCAAACAUGGAGUUUGAGGGAGCAGUGGCAGAAGAGGAAACUGACAGAGUGGAAAGAGUUGAGAAUAACAAAUUUUAUUUGAGCCCCACGCUCUUAAAAAACAGCAACAGUUAAGAAAUCCCUCCCCCACCCAACACACACACACUUUUGUGCUUCAGAAAUGGUUCACUGCAGAGAAACAUCAAUUCUCAUGGCUUAGAUAAGACUCAUGGAUGCUUCCUUGUCUACCUGUGGCAAAGGGCAGAAAGUCUUGAAUUUUUAUUCUUUGCCUUAUAAAUGAUUAGCUGAACUACUUGUCCCCAUCGAUCAAGCCAAAAAAUGCCUAUUAACCAACUUUAGUUAAGCUUCUGUUAUUCCCCAGGCUCCUUAAUUUGGACCCUACCAUGGGCUGAGGGAUGAGGCACAACCCCUGUUAAGCACAGGCUGGACACUGAAACAGUGUGGUAACCGCCAUGGGGUAGGGCAGUGGGGACAUAGGGUUCUGGGUGGAGGUGGAAGAGGGUAUAGCGGGGAUAAAUGGUGAUGGAAAAAAUAAAGUAAAAUAAAAUAAAAGGAAGAGCAUUUGGAGGAAAAACAGUCUCUGAUUGACUGUUUUUGAUCAAGCCACCCUUUCUUUCCACUUUCCCAAGCCCAGUUCCUUCUAGUCUUCUUCCCUCUUCCCUAGGGAAGAAACUCUUUUUGCCUAACCUUUGAGACAUAAGCAGAUCUUUGGUCAGAGGGGUCUCCCUAUUGCAAAAUUUCCCUACAUUUUGUAGUAGUCUCUCCCCUCUCCUACCCCACCCUGUAUACAUAUCCUUUCAAAUAAAGUAUCUCCUUAAUAAGUAAAACAGGCUUCGAUUAGAAUCCUGGCCCAAAAGUUCUUUAUUUUUUCUUC